UAGUAAGCCAUAAAAAUAUAGAUAGAUAGAAAUAAUUCAUGAAGGAAGCUUUAUUUAUGAAAUAUAUAUCACGUUGGCCAAAAAUAUCAAAAAACCAACCUGUCUUUCUCUGUCUUACGGUGGGAAAAGUGCAUAAGCUUAGGCUGUAACCUACAAUGGUAACAGCCCGGAUUGAGAAAAGAGAUAAAAAAAGCGUAUAAAAUGGCAAACCCCAAUAACCCUAACCAACCAUCCGUAAUCCCAGUGUUUUAGAUUUUCUUUUUACCUCCUUAAUUUAAUUCAUUUACCACAAUAUUCUUUCAUCUCUAUCAUCUUCCACCACUGCCAUUAAUCCUCCUCUUCUUCUUCUUCUUCUUCUUCCUUUUUCUUCUUUGUAAAUAAUAAUAAUAAUAAUAAUACAAAACCAAAAUCCAUUUAAUAGAUUAGACUGCAAGGGGGGAAAAAAAAAAAAAAAGAAAACCCAGAAAGCCAAAAUUUCAGAGAAAUUAAGUAGCUUAGUCUAACUCAUUUUUCUCUUUGUUCUUAUAUUGGUUUCUGGGGGUGGUUAAAUUUUCUCAUGCUGUGUGGAUCAACCAAAACUGGAGAAAAGUUUUGAAAUGUAAUAAGAUCCUUUAGUGUGUCCACCCCAUCUUUCUCUUCUUUAAGGGAGGGAAGAGAAAGGAAAGGUGGGGAGGAGAGGGAAAGAAAAUAUUAUAUAAAAAAAAUGCAAAAUAUAUUUGCAUAGAAAAACAAUCACAGAGGAAAUAUCUUAUAACCUCUGUAAAAUAUAUAGACUCUGUGUGUGUAAUUAUAUAUUAUUGGUGCAGUUUUUGGAGGGGUCCACAUUUUGAACAAUGACAAAUAUCAACGGCAGUGCAAUGAGCGAAGGUGGUUCAUCAGGAUCAAGCGGAGGAGGAGCAGCAGGAGGAGGAAGAGGAGGUACUAGUAAUGAUGCUGAUGGGAUUAUAUUGAAGAAAGGGCCAUGGACAGCUGCAGAGGAUCAAAUUCUCAUGGAGUACGUGAAGAAACACGGUGAAGGUAAUUGGAAUUCUGUUCAGAGAAACUCCGGUCUCAAUCGCUGUGGUAAAAGCUGUAGGCUUCGAUGGGCUAAUCAUCUCCGACCGAAUUUGAAGAAAGGUGCUUUUACACAAGAGGAAGAGAGACUUAUUCUUGAGCUUCACGCCAAGUAUGGCAAUAAAUGGGCUCGCAUGGCCGCUCAGUUACCGGGACGAACAGACAAUGAAAUCAAAAACUAUUGGAAUACAAGAGUGAAGAGACGCAAACGCCAAGGAUUACCUUUAUAUCCCAAUGAUAUUCAGCAAUCCCAACCCACAACACCAACGAGCCCAAUGACACCAACACCACCAACCACACCAAUCAUUCCAACUUUCUCAUUCCAUAGCCCAAGCCAUAGCCAUAGCCAGACAUUGGUUCCUCUGUCUUCCAACACACCACCCCAUCUCUCUCCCUUAUCUUCCCCACACCAUCACAGUCCCAACUCUUUCUCUCCUUCUCUCCCUCUCUUCGAACCCACCACCACUUCCUCUUUCUCUUUCUCAAGCCCUUUCACUUUCCAACGUCCAGCUCCUAUGCUCGGGACCCCACUCCGUUUCAAGCGGUAUCGCGCACCCACUGCUGCUUCAUCUCUACCAUUUUCGACCAACCCACAAGCAGCAGCUUCUCCUUCACAGCUUAUUGGGGGACAGUCUCUUUCAUCUUCUUCUUCUGUUGUUGAUAUGAAUUCGUUUCAAUUUCCGGUAACUUAUAACACCGCCACUGCAGCUAUGUCGCAAAGUAUUCGACCACUUGCUGCUGCACAAGCACAUCAAUUUCACGAAACGGACCUUUUGGGUUCGAAUAUCUGUACGUUGAGAUCGGAGCUCCCUUCAAACCAAUUAUCCCAAAUGCAUUCCAAUAUCACCAUCGACAACACGCUAAGCUCGGGCACGAAUCAAAGAAGCUGUGAAUUGAUGGAGGAUCUAUUGGAUGAAACUCAUCAUGGAUUGGCAUUCAAUGGAGAGAGUUCAAGAAGAGCUUCUUCUUCGGGUUAUGGUUCCAAGGAAGGAAAACGUGUAUUGGAUGCUUUCAGCCUAUGGGAGUCUUCAAGCUCCUAUAACAGCUCUUCAGAAAUGAAAAAAGCAGAGGAUAUGAAAGAGCAGCAGAGCCAUUCAAUGCCAGAAGAUUUGUCAAAGCUGUUGAAUUUUGUGCCUUCAACGAUGCAGGUCACAGAUUGGAACACUGAUGAUCAUCAUAGCAAGGAAAUCUCAAAUGGCCAUAGAUCUUUAAGUGUAGGAGAUGAUAAUCUUGGGCUUGAAAUGCAACAUUUGGCUUCACUGUUCCAUACCUCCACAUCAGACCAUGACAAAGCUCCUGAUCCUUGGGACAACUUGCCUGGAAUUUGCUAAAGCUUAUGGUUAAUUCACACCGCACAAUAUGUAUGAAAAAAAGUAAUAAGUGUAACUUUGAAUAAAAAUGAGAAUGGAAAUAUUUUCUUUUCAUUUUCAUGAUUAUUUCUUAUUCAUUAUUAUUAUUAUUAAUUUUUUUUUUUUUUUUGGGGUUUUGGUUUUUCUCAGUUAUUAUAUACAGUUUCUUAACAUACAAGGCAGAGAAGCUAUAUGUACUUGUAUUUUUGCAUUAAUGAUAUGUUUUAUAUAUUUUCUUUUUCUAAUCAAUGAGGUAUUAU